UAGGCUUAGUUAACGUUUUGUCCUAGAUCUGUAGCCUACUAUGAUUCAAAUAAUAAUGAAACAGUUUUAAAUAACAUUUUAAAUCGUAAGGUUUUUAUUUUCUUUAUUUUAUUAGGAUGUCAGAAAUGUUGAUGUGAGGAAAAUUUACAUUUGCUGAACGGGUUGACAUUAUGACCCGUUACCAUAUUGUAUAUUUUGGUGGCUGAUUAUUAUUAUUAUUUGUAUAAUUUUUUUGGAAGUGAAAUAUAAAUUUAUAAUGUGGAGCGGAUCUACACUCAAGUUUCUCUUCUCAUUCUUCGGUGUAUUAGCUGCGAUUAAAGUUCAGUCUGCCUCAGAAGAGCUGUGUCCUCGACAAGAGCCCCUUCCUGGAGUUUUGGUCUUGAAGUUAGGAAGCAAUGUUGUGCUUGGCUGCAGAGGCGGUGUCUCUGUGGACGGUGUGCCGUUGGCUUCAGCCAGUGUCACAAAUAAAAAAUACAGAAACAAGCAGACAGAAGACAUCACUGUCAGCUGGACAUCCCAAACAGGUGAUGCUAAUGCUACACAGCUAACCAGUAUGAAGGGAAAUGUUACAACUGAGACAUACCAAAAGUUUGAUUCUGGUAUGUAUUCCAAAGCUAAAGGGGACACAACAGUUACAGUUACAGUUAAACCACCUGUAACCAUAAGAAAGGAACAAAGCACUUCUAGACGUGUUUUGCGUGCUGUCAGUCAAACUACUGGAAAGGAGGAAGAGGUCUUUGAUAUCACCAUGGGGACGGAUUUUCAUCAGGACUAUGAUUAUGAAGAGGAAAGGUCCAGGGUGACAAGAGGCAUCAAAAAGCGAACACGCUGGACUCUCAAUGGAUGACAAUUGCAUUCCGGCGUGGAAAGGGGGGGGAUUUUAAGACGGCCACAUCUCAGCUGGGCAGAUGCUGGGAAUUACAGCUGCUACAGAGGAGAGAGACUAAUUUCCACAUUCAGAAUCAGCGUAGGGGUGCCCCCAGAGAGACCCACUGUCUACUGCUACAAGAAGUUUCACACCAGUAAAGUCCGCUGUGAUUGGACAUCCAAAAAUCCAGUAACCCCAAGGCCACUGUGUUACCUCCUUCUUAUUAGAGAAUUGUUUGGUAACGUCACUCACGUGCCUUGUUCAUUCUCCCGCUCCCGCUGUUGGUGUGCUUUUUACGUGGAGGAGGGUGACAGAGCUCUCCAUGUGGCAAAACUGUGUGUGUCUAACACAGCAGGCAAUGCCACGAGCCCUUACCUCAGCUUCAAGCUUCAUGACAUCAUUAAGCCAGACCCUCCGACCAGGGUGGUGGUGAGAGCAGUUGAGGGCCAGAAGCAUAUGCUUAAAGUAUCCUGGUCUUAUCCCAGUUCCUGGAAGCAUGGCUUCUAUGCCCUGCAUUUCCAGCUGAGAUACCGAUCACAACUCGCAGAGCAGUACCAGUCAGUGCUGAUAUAUGACAGGAUGGACAGACACGUGUCCUGGACAAUUUAUGAUGCUCUGCCACACACUCAGUAUGAAGUGCAGCUCCGGGCCAAGGAUGAGUUUGACGGCGUCUGGAGUGACUGGACUGACACUGUCUAUGCAGUCAGUUGGACAGCUCCUGAGAUGACUACUACCUCUGAGAGCAUUACUAUGGAGCCCUUUGAGAUGUUUCCUGAAGGUUCAGGAGGAUCUGGAGAAGACCCUGGUGUAGGUUCAGUGGCAAUAGAUGGAGCUGAUGAUACUGAAUAUGCUACAGUGUGGCUGUGUGUGUCAUGCGUUUUUGGGCUGUGUUUUCUUGUAGUCCUCACCAUGCUCACAGUCUAUUUACUCAGGUAUAGGCUGCAUUUCAUGUCUAGAACAGGAAAACAGACUUUGCCCUUUGCAUUCCUCCUUCAUUCCCCUCGGCCUCCUGCUCCCUCCAAGCAGCUUCCAGAGGAGGGAAAGUCUCUGAUGUCUCCUCCAAAACACAGCCAGCAACACGUUCUUCCUGUUUAGCAAGAGGAGCAGGAGGGCAUUCAUCUGCAUAACAUGGAUUAUUUCCUGUCUCCAAGGACAGAGGGUGUGCCGUGGACAAUAGGCAGACAUGAGUAAACAGAAGAAACCCCACUGUAGUGGAUACAGUGAGACUGACUAAGAUUCACACACUGUUUUUAUGUGAUUCAGUAGCCUAACAGUAUUAUGAGUGUGAAAAGUCAAUGUUGUGUCAUCUUGGGCUACAUUUCAUCUGUUAUAUUAUUGAUAUUUUUGACUACUUUCAAAACCAUUUGUAAAUAAGGAUUUUUUUAACAGUAUGAGUAUUACUUAACAGUAAUCACAUGCUAGUUUACUCCAGGGAGAGGAUACAAAUGUGAAAAUGGUAUAGAAUAAUGAAUAAUGUGCAGUGUUUCAUGAUUUCUUGUUUAUACAGAGUGAAAUAUGCUGAACGAUAUUUCAGUUUCAGUUUGUUUGUACAUUGCUUUUUAAAAUACAUAUGGUUCCAAAGUGGCCGUAAAAAGAAUAGUGACUUAGAAACUCCAAAGAGUUUAAAGGUGACACUGAAAAGAAAACGCCCUAAGAUGGUUAUGUGGGAUAAGGAAGAAGGAACAAUGGCCUUCUUUUUUAAAUGUCCAUAGCCAAAUAUAAUCUAGCCAUGUUAAAUGGCAAGAGCCAGAAAUCUUAUACAAUUGGGGCCAGGGACCCCUAGAAUCAUCACCACCUUUCGCCUGCUAGCGAUGGCCCUGCUUCUGCAGUCUGCACAAUGAAACUGAAAUUCUAAUGUGGUAAACGUUUUUGUCUCUUAGGACUUCUUUUUUUUUACUGAUCUUGUUCUCUGCUGUUAUAUUAGAUUUACAUAUUGAUAACCCUGAAUGGUAUCAGAGGUAUUGUGGGAUUACAAAUUUAAGA